GUAAAGUCUCGUUGCACCUCGGCCGCCAUGUUAUUUUGAUUCAUGCCUAAACAACUGAAAGAAAUGUGAUUUUACUGAAACUGUUAGCUAAGUUCGUUCGAUUAUCAACCCAAGGUCAGUUGUAUUUUUAUACGCAUGCAUGUUUCUUGUUUCAGGAAACUCUUUCUAACUGGAAGAGCUUAUUCCGUGGGUGUGUCAUCGUCUACUAGUAACUUCCUUAUAUUUAUAUUCUAAAUAUUAACAUCCCAAACAUAAAAGUUAAAUUCGAUAGUAAGAAGGUGCAUGUAAUCGAAUUGAAUUGGCUUCCCGAAUUUUUUACUUGCUUGUGAUUUUCCGGCUGCAGGAAUCAGUAAUCACUUCCUAAUUCAAAAAUCAAUUGAUCGGGUUGUUCUUUUCUUUCCUAGAUCUAAAGAAUGCCGCUAAUCAAACGCACGGUAGAACCAGUUCAUUUAAGUAGAGGUGCCGCCGUUGCCGGAACACCAAAUGAACUUGAAUGCGUAACAAAUCAUACCCUGUCCAACGUAAUCAGGCAACUGAGUUCCUUGAGCAACCAUGCCCAAGAUAUUUUCUCCGAACUUACCGAAGAGGUUACAACGAUCUUUGAUAGGACAAGAGUCCUAUCUGACAGGGUAGAUCAGCUUAGUAAAAAGGUCAGGCAGUUGGAUUCUUCAGGCGAGGAGGUGUCGUUACAAGAUAUCAAUACGAAAAAAUCUUUUAGAAGUGCCGUGGUAAAGGAUCAACAGAUUAUGAGCGUUAAUACUCGACCAACCGCGUUAAUUUCAACUUACGAACUGUGCGAGGCACCUCCACCAUUGAAUAAAUUAAACAAGUUUAGGGAGGAUGGAAAGGAUUCAUUGAAAUUUUACACUGAUACAACUUAUUUCUUUGAGCUUUGGCAACAAAAUAUGUUGAAGAGUACAGAAGAAGCUCAAAAGGACGGUAAACGUAAAAGAAGACACCGUCCUAAAAAGUCGAACAAAGAAAUUCGAAUUAUGGAUGAAAAUCGGGAAAUUUAUGCUCAGCAAAAGCAUGGUAAGGAAUUCGCCUCUCAAAAGCAAAAAGAGAGGAUGCAAGGCUUCGGGCAUUCCGCUGAAGUUGUCGAUAGAAAAGUUGAAACUGGAAAAGUUCAUAAUGGAUACACUCAAAACGAAAUUAACGAAAGAAAGCCGUCUCCUGCUCAAACGCGCAGUACAAAAGCUCGACCUCAUCAGCCUCCGCCAGCUCCGCCGCCAACCAAGGAGCCAACGGUUUCGAUUCCAAUUCCACCAACAGAUGAAAUCCCGGUGUCAAAUGAUUUUCCGCCUCUUCCACCACCACCUUUGCCGGAACCGCUGGAAGAUGAUUUUUUACCCGCUCCUCCUUCACCUAUAAGCUCUCUUCCCUCUUCUCCAAGAAAUUUUGGAGAACCUCCUCCACCUCCUAUGGAAGGAUAUGGAGCAAUACCUACUCCACCUCCACCUCCUGCAGAUUUCAAAGCGACCGUAGAUGGGUCUGGUCCUUUGUCUCUUGCUGAUGCAAUACGAAAUAAACAAUUAAAGAAAGUUGAAGUGGAACCCCAGGCUCCAAAGGAAACAGACGCUCGGUCUGAUCUUCUUGAAGCUAUUAGGACUGGUAUUACAUUACGAAAAGUUGAGAAGACCGAGGAAGCCGCCCGAAAGAAAACAAAUUUUAACGAUGUUCAGGCAAUUAUGGACUUAGCCUUUAAUGUAAGAAGGAAAGCUGUUGAAGGAGAGGAUGAUAGUAGCGAAGAAGAUGAUGAAUGUGAUGAUGAUGAUUGGAACGAUAGCGAAGCUUAG